AAAGAGUAUGUCUGCAGUGGGUUUCCAAAUUAAAAUAGGCCCAGAGUCUUUCAUUGGAGCACAUGCCCGUGCAAUUGAAGAAGAAGUUUCAAGAAAGCUUGAAUCAUACAUGGGCAUGCUUCAGCAAAGUGUUGAACACUUUCAAGCUAAAGGGGUUGAUAUUGAAGUCAAGAUUGCUGUUGGAGCUCCAAUGAACAAGAUUAUUGUACAAGAAAUUGUAACUCUGGAUGCGACAUGGGCCAUACUUGACAGGCAGCUGAGGAAGGAUUUGAAGUUUUACCUUCAGCACAUACCUUGCAAGGUUGCACAGGUCAUCAAUAAUUUUUCCUUGCAUGUUUUGAGACCUUAUUAUCUGGACAAGAGUACUGGUGUAUUCAAGUAUAAGAUGCUUUACUCGCUAUCCAAGCCUGUUCCACCUCCACCUUCUCCAGAUAAUGAUAUUGGCUGCCUCAAUGAACUGGAAAAUAAAUGUGAUGACUCUUGUCAAGUGAUUCAAAGAGAAACAAGUGAGCUGAGUCAUUCCGAAGAGCCUAAUAUUCGUGAGAUAAUAGUCUCAGAGGAAUGUAGUACUUCUGAGAUACAGAUCUCACCAGAUGAGCAUCCACCUAUUAAUGACAAGGCAAAAAAUGGAUGUGAUGAUUCUCCUCCAAUGAUCCAUAUGGAAAAAAGUCAGCAGACAUUCCCUGAUGCUUCUAGUCUUAACAUUGAUGAUUUGAUAAGGAACCUCCAUUCGAUGGGAUUAACUUACUCCACGUUACAGAUUGCAACUGAUUAUUUUUCAUCUGAUAAUAUGAUUGGAGAAGGUAGACAUGGAAUUGUAUAUAAAGGUCAGCUUAAGGAUGGGCGUCUCACUGCCAUUAAGGUGCAAGAGGACUUAAAUGCUCAAGAUUGCAAUGAAUUUUUGUCUCAAGUAUUUGUCCUCAGCACCGUUCGUCACAGUAACAUCGAGAAACUUCUUGGUUAUUCUUGCAAGGAAAACCUCAACAUCAUGGUCUAUGAAUAUAUAUGCAAUAAAUCACUCGAGUGGCAUCUAUCUGAUAAUACAAACCAUGUUCUUGAAUGGCAUCACAGACAAGCUAUUGCCAUUGGCACUGUAAAAGGGUUGCACUUCCUGCAUAAAGAGUGGUGGGGAAGUCCUUUCAUCCAUGGGGACAUCAGGCCAAGCAAUAUACUGCUCACAGAUGAUUUGUCUCCAACGUUGGUUAACUGCAGCCACUCCAAGUGGAAAACGAAUAACUGUGACUUACAGAGAAGUCCUGAAGAUCUUCUAUAUCUUGCGCCAGAACAAGCAGAAAAUUACAUUUUUUCCUUGAAAACGGAUAUAUACGCCCUUGGUAUUGUUUUAAUACAAUUAAUAUCAGGAAAAUAUGUGUCUGCUUCAUCAGGAGACAACUGCCAACAAUCUCUUAGACAAUGGGCUUUGCCAUUGAUUGAGACACUUGCAUGGGAUGAGCUUGUUGAUCCUCGUCUUGGUAACACAUAUUGCAUGUAUGAACUAUACAGCAUGGCAAAAGCUGCGCACAUGUGCAUUCAAACUAACCCUGAACUACGGCCAACCGCUGAAGAGGUAUUGCACCUUUUGGAGGGGACAAAUAAUCAUCUACGCCACUCAAAGUGUAAUUUAUACCCCAUCAUACUAAGUACAGACGCCAGCCUUGAAUGAGAUGAAGCCAGCAAUUGUUCAUCCAGGCAAUCUUCUAAUUUUUCUUUACUUUUAAUGCUGCUGGAACUUUAAGCAGAUUUGGCACUCUCUCUAUGAGUGUCAUUAAUCUCAUUCUUUGGCCAUCAUCAGUUUGAGUAGAAUAGAGAUAUUGCUAAUGGUUGGCCACUGUAAUAAAUAUUGGAUGUUUUGAACUCCUAAAACAAUUUGGCAAUAUAUCAAUUGUUUUAUGGUUCUACCCUAGGUUAUGUUCAAUUU